AUGAGCUCAGACUCCUCUGGCAACUGCCUUCAGAACUUGCUGCUCCUCUGGACAUCUUCUGCUCCACAUCGUUAUUCCAUCGGCAUGCCUUCUGCUUCUUCUUCUUCUUCAUCUUCUUCUUCGGCGCAUCGCGGAUCCACAGCCCGACUGGCCGACAAUAUCGAGUUGGAGCACUUGGAAGAGUCGGAGGAUGAGGAGCCGGGGGAGCCGGAACAAGAGCCGGUGGCGGUGAUCAGUCGGCAACCGAUCAGCGGAACCUACAAUCGAUUGACGCCCGACAAGUUGUGAGUUAUCUGCUAGUAGGGACACUCGAGUUGGAGAGAAAUCUGGAUCAUUUCGAACAAUUAGUAAGCUCUGCUCACGGUCUCCAGAGCUGACAAUAUGGGCGUGGCCUCGGCGGCCAAAUGGCAUUUUCAUGAAUUGAGCAGGUUUUCUCUGAUUUUUGUGGUCAACGGCGAUGAAAAAUGAUUGCGCGACAUGAAAACACACUAAUUCUCGAAAUUAAUGACGUUUUGGCGCAUUUUUCGGCGACUUUGCUUUUUCGCCUUCGCCGCCGAUCGCCGCCUAAAAACCGCACUUCUUAUUUUGCGCUUUCUUGACCGUUUUCAGACAGAAUUGGUUUUGAGAAUGAUAAAUCACGUAAAUACAAGCAUUUUGAGCGCUCGAACCGCGAAAACUACCGAAAAGCAACUGAAAUUCACGCAGUUUUAGCCAAAAACCUUCAAACUGAUAAAUUUGAUUUGCGACUUGACCAAAUUUAACGCUCUUGCGCUUAAAGAAUUCGUAAUAGCCUAUACAAUCGGUCUAUCGAGAGACAAAUGAGAAAUUAUCGAUUUUUCGUGGCUAAUCUGGCAAAAAACACAAAUUUUGCUGUUAAAAUUUGAAUUUCGCGCCAAUGUAUCGCUCUAUUGGGCGGAGCGCACUUGCGCCCAUUGUAAGCUCUGGAGACCGUGUGCUAGACAUUUCAAUCCGCAAAUCUUGAAGAACUCGCUGACCAAACCAUAUUCCUUUUACCAGACUUGCCAAAUUACGGGCCGAAAAUUUGCUGGCCCGGCCCGGUCGGCCCGGCUCAAAAGGCGCGAAUUCAAAUUUUUGGGGGAAAUCUAUUUUUUCGUUUUUUUUGCGGGGAUCAAAAUUAAAAACUACGACACUCCGACAUUACUAUUUUUUCUAUUUUUGACUAUUUUUGAGAACGACAUUUCUUUUUUAUGCUCGAUACUUGCAAAAUUCGUUAGUUCUACGAAAAACAAACAUUUUAUUUAAUCAAUAGUUCAAAAUUUGGAUUCCCGCUUUUUGAACCGGGCCGACGGGCCGGGCCGGGCCGGAGAUUUGAAAAUUUCGGCCCGGCCCGGCCCGUGGCAACUAUGCCUUUUACUAUCAGCUGAAUUCUUUUCGUCGUGCAGUCAAUGGGUCCCGAUGUCAAAUUUUCAAUCGUGGAGUAGAAAAAUCAGGUGUCAAAACUCUUUCACACUUUGACAAACAUCAAAAAAGCGCUGACGCCAGAGAAAAUCCGCAUUGUGAAACUGAAAAAUGCUGCUGGGCGCGAUGCAAAACGUUUCCAGAUUCGACCUGACCACAAUCUCGGAGGUGGCUCGUAGCGAGGCGGGCGGCCGCAAUCUCGGCGUCACUCGUCUCACAUUCAGCGGCGGUCAUUUUGUGUUCUGCGUCGCGAACCGUGACGUGGACAACGAUGAAACGAGUGUGUACCUGUCCGAAAAUAUUCUCUACAUACUCAUUUAAUGCUGGUUUAGGAAUAGAAAUGGUGAUCACGAAAGAUGAAAGUUUCGGGAAUUCGCUUCGCAAAGCGUUCACUUUGUUCAAGGCAAAGUUUCAGACGAACGGACCGAACGUGCGACGAUUUGCGGGCGUCGAUUAUUAUGUGUUAGUUGCGAAAUGGCGGCCCAGUUGCGACUUGCAAGAAAUUUGUAAAAUUUUCAGCCGAAAAAACUCUAAAAAAGAGAUCGAGUACAGUUUUGAGGGAGACGGACGACAGCGUCGAUUGUAAGUUUUAAAGCUUGUGUGUAUUGGCGCGCGGGGGCGCAUGAACCUACGCACAAUUACGGACAUUUCAUGAAAUAAGUCUAAAAAAGUCAAAAGUAUUAAAACUUUCAGUGUCCGCUACCGCAAACAACUGGCGAUCCUCACGGAGACUGUCGACGCGGCCUACCGUGACCUUUUGAAGCACAUCUUCCAGAUUUUUCCCAACGAAACGCCGCUUUUGUUCCUGGACUUGCGCGGACUGGAUGUUCACGGAUUCAGCAUCUCUCGGGACCUGCUCUCCGUCGAGCAGAUCCGUCUGAGCCAGAGUAUGGCAAUGACGGUGACGAGCAAAGAGUUCGUCGGCACGGCGCACAUCGUCUUGGAGCUGAUGGGCUCGCUGGAGGCGCUCAUGCUCGACAUCAAGCUCAGUGAUGUCGAGUUCUUCAAUCCCAGGGUAUUUUAUUCCGAAAUCUGGCGCUCUCAAUGGCUAGCUCUUUUUUCAGAUGUGCUCGGUGGAUCAUCUGACCGGAAAAUACAACGGGAACAAGCUUUCGCACGACAAUUUGUGCAGCCUCGAGUGCAAAACGAUCAAACUGUGGAAUGUGGCGGUGACGCCGAGCACACUGAACUCUUUCGUCAAGAAUUGGCUCGCCGGCACCUCCACCCGAUUCCACUACCUCGAAAUUCCGAUCCUUCAAAUCGACGAAACGGACGAGUCUUUCAUCGACAUUUUCAAAGGGCUCAAAACGAAACCGUGGAGCAAGACGACGAGAGCCGGCUGGUUCAAGAGGAUCGACUGGAACUUUCAGUUGUAAGUUGCAAAUGGUGUUGUGUCUCAAUCAGAUUUGAGCAGAAAUUUUUUUAUUUUUUUUCGAAAAUUUUUUCAUGAAAUGUGAUCAACUGACGAAAUGUUUAGCAAAGUGAACUCUGCUUAUAGAAAAAUAAUUGUAAAUUUAACUUUUCAUACAAAAAAGUUAUUCGAGUUGUUGCGUGAAAAUGUUUUUCCGUCUUCCGUUGGGCCUUUUUUCACGCAACAACUCGAAUAACUUUUUUGUAUAAAAAGCUAAAUUUACAAUUAUUUUUUUCACAAUUAUUACAUUUCAUGAAACAUUUUCUAAAAAAGAUAAAAAUUCUUCCGUGUUCUUCCGCUCAACUCUGGUCUCAAACCACAAAAUCUUUCAGCGAUUUGCCGAGCGGCGGCCGUUUCAUCAACUGCAAGGGCGGCUGGGACGUGUUCCGUUCGGACGGGCUCGUGGCGACGAUCAUCACGCAGCCCGAGUUCUUCUACUUUUUCGUCUGGCACGAACGCUUCCCCGAACAACCCGAUCACAUUCCGUACUUGGACAGAGAGCAGGCUGCGCAGAGAGUCGGUGUGCACUUGUAA